AGGGUUUUCUUCUGGGGGGGGGGAGUGACGGCACUUUUUCUCCGGGAACAGUUGUGAAGUGUUUCCUGGCUGUGUUGGGUUGCUUCGAUUUUGUGUUACAAGCUUGUAUCCUACUGAUUAAGGAAGUAUCCCCCCCCGCCCUCCCCUCUUUCCUCUGGCUUGCCUGUUUGGAGCCCAGCACACACCACACAGAUGUGGCUUUCUCACACUUCGUUAAGCAGCCUUCAACUAUAUCUUUGCUUUUAAACCUGCCUCUUCGGGAGGAUUUGCUUGUGCUAAGCUACAGCUGCCGGAGUUUGGAAGCGUAGAUCGGUUGCCGUUGAAGAGGAAAAUACUGUUUAAGGAAAUACUUUGGCGAGUCACAGCUCCCUUUUUCGUUUCGUUUGUUUACUUGUGGUUCGACCUUUUUCCUCUGGAUUUUUGUAUUCCCAUAACGGAUCAGGCUAAGAGGUGCUUUAAUAUUUUUAUGCAGCAAAUCAAUCCAUGGGUGCAAAUCUGGGGAGGAGACAGUUUAACUACAAAGGAGUGUGUUUUCUCUGAAACCAUUGCUGCUAAAAGGCUCCAAACGGGAGAAAUAAAUCCAGUCUGCUUGUCGAGUCCCUGGCUCAGUGUGAAAGUGCUUUCAUGAGGUAACAUUGGGCCAAAGUCAACCUUUCUUUCUCCUUUCUGAAUCUUCAGCCGAGAAAUGGGCCAGAAAAUCUCAGGGAGCAUAAAGUCUGUGGAUGUGAGGGAGCCCCCUUAUAGACCUGUUAAACGAAAGCUGAGGGGACCAGAUUUUUGCAAGCCUGCUCGCCUAGACAUGCUGCUGGAUAUGCCCCCUUCCCAACUGGAGGUCCAGUAUAAACAUGCUUGGAACAAUGAAGAUCGAUCUUUAAAUAUAUUUGUAAAGGAAGAUGACAAACUAACUUUUCAUAGGCACCCAGUUGCCCAAAGCACAGAUUGCAUCCGGGGCAAAGUUGGCUACACAAGAGGCCUACAUGUCUGGCAAAUUCACUGGCCCACUAGGCAACGAGGAACACAUGCUGUGGUGGGUGUAUCAACAGCAGAAGCUCCAUUACAUUCUGUAGGAUAUACAUCAUUGGUUGGUAGCAAUAGUGAAUCAUGGGGCUGGGAUCUGGGACGUAACAAACUUUAUCAUAAUUGUAAAAACCAACCUGGGGUGACGUAUCCUGUUUUUUUGGAACCAGAUGAGUCUUUUGUACUCCCAGACUCCUUAUUGGUAGUUUUGGAUAUGGAUGAAGGAACGCUUAGCUUCAUUGUAGAUGGACAGUAUCUUGGAGUGGCCUUCCGAGGACUGAAAGGGAAAAAACUUUACCCUGUAGUCAGUGCAGUUUGGGGGCACUGUGAAAUUACAAUGAGCUACAUCAAUGGACUUGAUCCGGAACCCCUGCCUUUAAUGGACUUGUGCCGAAGAUCAAUUCGCUUUGCUCUUGGCAGAGAUCGCCUGCAUGACAUAGAAUCUCUACCUUUGCCCCAGUCUCUGAAAAAUUAUUUACAGUAUCAAUAAGAAGUCUUAGAACCCUUUUUCUGGCCUCACAUUGGACUAAAUCAAUGCAAAUGGCAGAAAUUAUUGUUUACAUCAAAAUAGAAAUCUUUGUGGUGGACACGAGUGUUAUUUAAUUUUUAAUAUAUAUUUUUUUCUGAAUCAUCUGAAGCAGAACAAUUUGCAUACUAAAGAAUGCAAAAAUAUGAAUUUGAUCUAGAGUCACAAAUUAUCUGUUGCCUCUAGGACAGUAUCCAAGAUUGAAUUCUCCCACUCAGAUCAUUAGCUGGCACUUAUUGGCUUAGCUCCGCUGACUUCCAGUAGACACCAGCUGAAAAUCUGGCCCCCAAGAGUUAUCCUUAUGCACAAGAGCAUCCUUUGAAUAAUGUGGUUACUAGUGAAAGAAAUAACACUGUGUUAAGUUAACAAUAAUGUCUAAAUCUUAAAAUUUGAUGUGCAGAGAUGCUGAGUAAUCACAGUUUAUCUGGAGUCUUGAAUACUUAGCCCUUAAUGUGUUAGAGGACCUAUCAUGUUUAAAAUAUAUGAAGUAAGUCAUUACAUAGAACAUCAGUGCUGGAUUUAAUGAUACAUAAGAAAAAUUGUUCCUGAAGAGUGGAAUAUCAACCAAAUUGGAUAUGGUAAUAAAGUCAAUGCAGUCCAGUGUUUUCAAGACCAAAUCUCAUUCCUCCAAAGUUCUGCAUAGUUUAUAACAACAAAGCUGUUCACUAUCUUGAGAUUUUAGGAUAUUCACAUUUUAAGAAGCCUGUCACUUUUUUAUUUGAACAAAAUUAUUAUUUUUGUUAUACCAACUCUAAAUACUUCUGCUCUCUUUUUAAUGUAUGUGUGAUAUAUUGUUUAUUUAUCUGUUUAACAUCUGUGGAGUCCUCAUUUAACUGUUUCCAUCUUGGAAGGACUGAUUUAUUCCCCCCUCCCCCCCAGCUGUAUUCAUUUUUCAGGCUCAACCUGUUCUUAAAGAUGCUGCUUUCUGUUUGCAUUUCUUAUGUUUCAAGUUAUCUGUCUGAUCAGUUAUCUAGUUUUUAAACUGGAAGUUGUUGUAAUGGCAGGAUGUCGAUUGUUGAGACUUAACUGCCUUCAGCAUAUUUUAAUGUGAAUUUACUGAUGAAUGAGGAGAAAAUUUCUAAUAAAGUCUACUGUCCAAAAUGAAA